CACACGGUCUGGAGUCAACAGACAGAGAGGUUAUUUUUCUCACCAUCGCCUGCUGGCCCCGUGAGAGUCAGAGAGGAUGUUAAUGAUGAUGAUGAUGAUGAAGAAGAAGGGUUCCAAGUCCCUGGCUGUGAUGGCUCUCCUUCUGGCCUCUGCCAAUUGUAUCCUUCCUCUAUCAAAAGAAGAUCUUAACCAGAUCUCACUCCAGGGAGAAAAGUAUCUGGAUAAACAGAUUGUAGCCGCCGUUAACGGGGUGAAGGAGAUGAAGAGCGUGAUGCAGAAAUCUUCAGAGGACCACCAGAAGUUUGUGGACACUCUGGAGAAAACCAAGGAGCAGAAAGAGGAAGCGAUACGUGUAGCUCAGGAGAUGGAGGCCAAGCUGGAGCAGCAGCAGGAGGUCUGUAACGAGACCAUGAGGGCUCUGUGGGAGGAGUGUAAGCCCUGCCUGAAGAACACCUGCGUCAAAUACUACUCGCGGACAUGCAGCAGUGGAUCGGGACUGGUGGGACGUCAGCUGGAGGAGGUGCUGAACCGAACGUCUCCCAUGUCCAUCUGGAUCACCGGGGAGAACGUAGACGUCCUGGAGCAAGAGGGGCAGCGUCAAAGCAAAGAGUUCAAGAACCUGGAAGACAAAUACACAGAGAUGGCCGACGGUGUGGACAGCAUAUUCUCAGACAGCAUGAAGGUGGCUGAUCAUCUGCACCACGAUCCUCCAGGGUUCUUUUUUCCCAAUUUCCUGGGCCCGACCAGAAGCAUCCGCUCUCUCUUCCAAGACCCGUUCCACGGCUUUCAGAAUCUGUUCUCUCCCAUGAUGGGCAUGGGCAAGAACUUCUUAAGCUCCGUGGGCUCCAUGAUGGACAUCGACUCAGACACGGCUCCUAACGAAGAUGGCAGCGUGAACGAGGACGUGGUCAUCACCAAACCUUUUGGCGACGGCAGGAUGACCUGCAGGGAGAUCCGCCGCAACUCAGCCGGCUGCUUCAGAUUCCGCGAAGAGUGUCAGAAGUGCAAAGACAUCCAGCACAUCGAUUGCUCUGGGAACAGACCUCUGGAGGGCCCCCUGAAGGAGGAGCUGGAGGAGGCGUUGGCCAUAGCCGAGCGCUUCUCUCAACAGUACAACAGCCUCCUGGAGACGUUCAAGCAGCAGAUGUUCGACACCUCCUCCAUCCUGGACCAGCUCAACAGAGAGUUCGGCUGGGUGUCGUCUCUCAACAACAAAACCACGGACGACGUCUUCCGGGUCCAGAUGGUCAACAGCACAAACACCGAUGAGAAAAAUCAUCCCGGAGAAACAAAUGUGUCCGUGCAGCUCUUCGAUUCUCCACCCUUGAAGUUCAGCGUGCCGGGCGAGAUCCCGUGGAACGACCCCAAGUUCUCCGAGGUGGUGGCCCAGGAGGCUCUGGACCGCUACAAGGAAUCCAGCGUUCUGGUCAAAUGAAGUUACAACAAGUGGUGUCUGCUGAAGUUUUGACGCUCGUCAAAAAACACAAGAGGCUACGAAGAUAAACGCACUGGAGAAGAAAUCAAACCUGAAGACAACCUGCUGGUUCAGAGGCAAAUCCUCAAGUCCUGCUUUUGCAAACAACUUUAUAUUGUUCCGUUAGAGCUCUUCGUCCUGCUGUAAGAGAAGAUAUUCAGUAGAUGUAGAUCUAUAGAACCUUCAACAUAAAGGCCAUUAAACACAUGUGAGCUGGGCUUUGCCGUAGUACUUAACAGAUUAUUGCUUCUGUUCACGGAUGGAAUAUUCAAAACCUGUAAUAGUCUGAAAGGGUUUUUUCUCUGAAUUUAGCCCUUUUUAAAGCAUGAGGAGUAAACUGAUAUUUCCUCUGCCGCAGUUAAAUAAAACUAAAAUGUGGUUUGUUGCAAAGAUUUGUAGAGGAGUAAAGUUUUAGAGUACAGGAAUUUAAAUCAGAUAAUUUAGUCAAAUAAAAACUGCUCAACCUA